GAUCAGCGGCUCUUCUCGUCGGUUCUGACUUUGUCAGCGAUAACAGUUCUGGUUGGUUCGGCUCUGUGCUGAUGGAUCAUUCAGAGCUUUUCCCUGAGGGUUUUAUCUGUUUCACGCUGGAGGAUUAACGCAGCGAGAGGACCAUGGCCACAGACUUCACCCAGGAGACGGUUCUGGACUUUUUAAAGGAGCGCGGAGGUAAAGUUCUGAGUUCGGAGCUUGUGGAGCAUUUUAAAGCCGUCUUCCCGGAGGAGCCGCAGCGGAAGGCAGCUGUGAGACAGACUUUUAAAAACUACGUGGACAACGUUGCUUUCGUGAGGAUUGAAAACGGAGAGAAACACGUCUGUCUGAAGAAAAAGUUCCGCUCACAAACAGAAUCGGAGAGGCCGCCGUCCCGUUACCCGGCCGCCGCGGACCAGGUGAGCGCAGAUGACGCGGCGGAGGAGCGACCGCCGCCUGCCGCUUCACCCAACUCAGGUUACGGAAAUGACUUGGAGGGAGUUCCACGUUGUUUCAUCGCUCUAAGCUCGCAGUCGGAGAAAAGUGUGUGUGGAGAGUGUGUGUGUGUGGUGGAAGACACGGACGGCAGCUCAGGUGAGAUGGGGAGUAGACACAGUAGCACGCAGGACGCGGAGCAGAGACACGCGCCAGACAUCCCAGAGAUUACACUGGUUGAACCUUCGCCUCUCCCUGUGGAAGAACGCGCGUUCACGCUGCCCCAGCCCGCACAGGUAAACACAGGCGACACAGAGCCGCAGCCGGACCUCCUCUCCGCUCAGGAGCGGGACCACCGGGAGGAUGAGUGGUCCUCGGACGGACAGAGUCUGUCCGGCAGCGAGGACAACAGCACCCCGCACAGCAGCCGAAAACACUUCCUACAGGUGAUGAUGAGCAGCUCCCCUCAGGUGAGGCGCAGCUUGGUGCUCCGCAGUCCCGCUUACCUGUCCAACAGGAGCGACAGCGAAUCCACCUCCCUAGAUGAGGACCGGACCUCCGUGACCCUUGAUCCUCUGGAGCACGCCUGGAUGAUGAGCGCCUCAGACGGGGAGUGGACCGGCCUGCACCGCCUGCUCACCUCAGAACCCAACCUGGUCCUCAGGAAGGACUUCGUGACCGGGUUCACGUGCCUGCACUGGGCCGCCAAGCACGGCAAGCCAGAAGUCAUCGCUCUGAUCGUUAACUUCGCCAAACAGCACCACGUUCCUCUCAGCGUGGAUGUCCGCUCCAACACCGGCUACACGCCGCUGCACGUCGCGGCCAUGCACGGUCACAUGGAGGUGGUGAAGCUCCUGGUGGGGGCCUACAGCGCGGACGUGGAGAUCAGAGACUACAGCGGGAGAAAGGCCUGCCACUACCUGGCUGACGGCGUGAGCGUGGACAUCCAGGACAUCAUCGGGGCUUAUGAGCACUGUGAGGUCGAGAACGGAGGGCGCAAGGCAGAAGGAGGCCGGUGGAGGUUCUCCAAGGUCCUCCAGUCCAACCUGAAGCCUCUCCAGGCGCUCAGCUCCAGGGACAACGACUCUGCGGACGGGGAGGGCCGAACCACACAGAACCUUGUCAGGAGGAAGUCUUCAUUAGGGAGGAUUAAGCCCAAUCUGGAGAAGCUCCGUCAGAGGACCUCACAGCUGGUCCGCAGUAGCUCCUACAGAGACAGAGGGGAGCUGGACCGGUCCAACAAGAGGGGCUCGUUCCUCAAAAGGAAGACACAUUUCUUUGACUGAGAUGGUUCUGAAAGUUCUGACGGAUGCAGAAGAAUAUUUAUGUAAUGUCAUCAUCAUGGCAUGUUUCCUCAGUUCAUGUAUGAAGGAACAAAACUGAAGAUUAAAACUCUGUAAUCUGGGUCACAGGAUGCCAGUGGAACUGAUCCCACUUUUCCUACUUUUUCCUGACCUGAAUAUUUGAACAAGAUCUGAAGUGUUUCAGUAAUUCAGCUCUGUGUAUUCAGGUCACAUCUGAGCUGAAGAAACAGCCAAACACAGCAGGUUGUGCAAAUCACACAGGAAAUAAACCCAUUAAACCCAAAACAAGCUGCUUCACGUCUGAGCUGGGCCUCACCCACAUGAACAGAUUCCUCAUUAACCGGACUGCUCACAUGUCAGGGCUGGUUCCUCCCAGUCUCUUCACAUGUUUGUCAAGUUCCUCAGUCAGAGAAAAUGAGUAUUAAUGAUCCACUUCUGAGUCCAGAAUUCACCUGAAACUUUGUUUUAGAAGUCAGGCAGGACUUCAUGUACGGAAGCUCGUUGCUGCCAAGAAUUUAAAUGAAUAGAAAGAAAUUAAAAUCUUUCCAAAUUUGCAGCUGUUCACUGUUUGAUGUUUACAUUGUUUAUAGAAAGAAAAAAUAUUCUAAUAAACAUAUCAACACACUCUUUAUAGUGGUUUCAACUGUCCAAUCAGCACACAGAUUAAUAUUUCUUAUCAGUUUUAUUCUUUGACAUCACCUGAACCUUCCUGGUCAAGCUUUUUUAUUUUUUAUUUUUUAUUUUUGUAUAAUUUACUUAACCUCUUAGGACAGCAUAUCAAACAUAUGGCCUGGGGGCCAAAACUGGCCCUUCAGAGGUUCCAGUCUGACCCGCAGGAUAAAUUUGGUAAAUGUGAAAAUGACACUAAAACAAUUUUAACAAUUUUUCCACAUCAAGAUGCAUUUUUUUAUGUUUACAAUUAACUUUUAAGGAAGGGGAAUAAAUUGUUUUGUCAUUUAUGUCGUCUUUACUUAAUCCCACUUUAUCAGGGGAGUUAGUUCAGAAUUACAACACACAUGUGGAAAUGUGCACGUAUGUACAUUUAAAAUAACUUCUAGCUCUUUGCAAGCAAUAAAUGUGAUUAAG